UGCCUACCUGCCUGCCGUCGGUUAGCAUUAAAUUUGUUUUGUAGGCAAGUUCGCGCGAGGAUGAGGCUGCUGCUGGUCUCAAUAAUUUUAAUCAAGGUUAUGGGGUCUUCGUGACGCAAUUCGCAUCUCCAUCUGAGCGGCUCCACUCAAAAUUCUCCGUCUCUUUUCGCCACAUUCCUCAGCAUCCCCAUCUUCGGGUCAAAGGUGAGAGUCUGGAGACGCUCCUUGUUUUGAUUUAACUGGAUCUUGAUAAUUAAUAAAGAGCUAGAAAAUGGGCCAUGGCUCAGGAGAUAAAAAAGCGUCAGGUCACGUCUUGGACACGGUCAUCGACUUCAUUUGCGGUUCACUGGGUGGCGUUGCAUCAGUGUACACAGGUCAACCGCUGGACACGGUCAAAGUCAAAAUGCAGACCUUUCCCGAGUUGUACCGAGGAAUGUUGCACUGCUGCAAGGAGACGUGGACCAAGGAGGGGAUCAUCAGGGGCUUCUACGCUGGCACCACUCCGGCUCUUGUGGCCAACAUUGCUGAGAACUCGGUGCUCUUUGCAGGUUACGGCGCCUGUCAAAAAGUCGUAGCCAUGGCCACAAAUACCCCGAAAGUGCAGGACCUCACAGUGCCUGCGAACGCCACUGCAGGUUGCAUGGCUGCCUUCUUCACUGCCUUUGCUCUCUGCCCCACCGAGUUGAUUAAAUGUCGAUUGCAGGCAAUGCGAGAGAUGCAGGCCCAGUUACCUAAAGAAAAGCAAGUGCGAAUUGGACCAUUUGGUUUGACCAAACAAAUUCUCAAACAAGAGGGUGUGAAUGGAAUGUUCCGAGGGCUUACUUCGACAAUUGCUAGAGAAAUGCCGGGCUAUUUUUUUUUCUUCGGAGGUUACGAAUUUUCCAGAGAGCUCUUUGCUGGUGAAGGGCAAACUAAAGAUCAAAUUGGGGCCUUAAGAACAAUGGCUUCCGGUGCCAUAGGCGGAAUUCUCUUCUGGUGCUCGGUUUUCCCUGCUGACGUUGUCAAGUCAAGAAUCCAAGUCACCGGCUCAAAGGAACCGUUCUUUAGUCUCUUGAUGAAAAUAUUUAAGAAUGAAGGGUUCUUAGCUUUGUACAAUGGACUCCAACCAACUGUCAUCAGAACGAUUCCAGCCUCUGCAGCCUUAUUUUUGGCUUACGAGUAUUCCAAGAAAUUUUUGCAUUCAGUCGUUUGAUCCAGAAAGGGAAGCAUUUAAUAGAAGAAUUUUAUUUCAGUUAGCUCAAAUCUGAUGCUGUUGCAUUCAGUCAAUUUAUAAUAUCAUGUUGAUUUUUUUAGCAUUUAGUGUUAUAAUAUUUGUUGGACAGAACUUCAAGUUUCAACAAUAUUUAGUAUAUUUUUUAUAUAAGCUAUGCUCAAAUUAGUUAAUUUUAUUUAGAUAAUUUUGAAUUGAAAACUUUAUUUAUGAGGAGCCUUUAGAAUCAAAUAUACAAAUCAUAAGGGACCUACGCUCACAGCAUGUAUUUUUGACUGUGUAAAAAUUUCAAAUGCACAAAUAUUGGUUUUACUGAUAUAAAAUUUCAAAAUUCUGUAAUCUGGCUGUUACAAACUACCAAUUAGAUGAAUAACAUUUGCAUGUGCAAAAUUUAUGGAAUAAAUUAUUUUCAUGGAUUUUCAGUAA